AUGACAACCAUUCCUUGGAUAAUUGUGGGAGACUUUAAUGUUGUUCUGCAAUUGCAAUAUAAGAAGCAUGGGAAUCUAGUUACAAGAGCUGAAACUCAAGACUUCAGCAAUUGUAUUCAAGAAUUAAAGCUAAAUGAACUGAAUUGGGAAGGUGACUAUUAUGCUUGGUCCAACAAGCAAGAUGAUGGGGACAGAAUAUGGAGCAGAAUAGAUAGGGUCUUUGGGAACUAUGAAUGGAUGAUGCAAUGGGGGCAUAUAGCAACUGUAUAUAAUCUACUAUUUAUAUCUAAUCAUGCUCCUAUGUGUCUGACAUUUAAUGAGAUACAGAGAAGCAUGAAAAUUCCUUUUAAAUUCUUUAAUGUUUGGGCUGACCAUGAGAGAUUUAUGUCUGAAGCACAACAGAUCUGGAACCAAAAGUUUCACAGGCAGAAAAUGCAGAAUGUGUGGAUGAAACUCAAAGCUUUAAGGACAGUAUUGAAGAAACUUAAUGUAGAGGAAAUUAAGUUUAUCAAGAAGAAGAUAGAGCUGGGUAGAAUUGAGCUGGAACAUGUGCAAAAAAUCAUAGAUGUUAAUAGCAAUUAUGACCUGCUAAGGAAAGAGAAGGAGUUGAUGCAGAAUUUGGAGAAAUGGAGUAUGAUUGAAGAAGGGGCUUUGAAACAAAAAGCUAGGGCAAAAUGGAUUUAUUGGGUGACUCUAAUACUAGAUGUUUCUCUGCUAUAA